GAAGAAGAAAAAUAUGGUGAGGGGGAAUCAAAAGAGAAAUAGACAGAAAUUCACAGGAAGUAAACAACAAGACAAGAAAGAGACGAUGGGAGCUGGGGACACGGGUUACUCAUGACAAGGGGAACACCCACGAAAACAGCAGGACAGAUUAUCAGCAAGAGAAAUCAGAGCAAGCAAGAAACCAGAGUUAGCAAGCUGUGAAAGAGACAGAGACAAAAAGACAGCAUGAGCACUUCAGGCAAAGUCAUUAAAUGCAAAGCCGCUGUUGCCUGGGAGCCUAAGAAACCAUUUUCCAUUGAGGAGGUGGAAGUUGCCCCCCCAAAGGCACAUGAAGUUCGCAUUAAGAUUUUGGCCACAGGGAUCUGUCGCUCAGAUGACCAUGUUAUGAGUGGUGCAUUAACUGUACCUUUUCCAAUAAUUCUUGGCCACGAAGCAGCUGGUAUUGUAGAGAGCGUUGGAGAAGGGGUGACUUGUGUGAAACCAGGAGACAAAGUCAUCCCGCUCUUUGUUCCACAGUGUGGAGAGUGUAGCUCUUGCAUAAGCCCCAAGGGCAAUCUCUGCACUACAAAUGACCUUGGUGCAGUUCGCGGAUUAAUGAGGGAUGGCACCACUAGGUUUACCUGCAAAGGAAAACAGAUUCAUCAAUUUGUUAGUACAAGCACCUUCACUGAAUAUACAGUGGUGCACGAGACAGCAGUUGUCAAAAUUGAUGCAGUUGCUCCUCCGGAGAAAGUGUGUCUGAUCGGCUGUGGAUUUUCCACCGGUUAUGGGGCUGCCCUCAAUACUGCCAAGGUGGAACGUGGUUCUACCUGUGCUGUCUUCGGUCUGGGAGGAGUUGGCCUCUCCGUUGUCAUGGGCUGUAAAGCCGCUGGUGCUUCCCGGAUCAUUGGGGUUGACAUCAACAAAGACAAAUUUGCCAAGGCUAAAGAGUUAGGAGCCACCGAGUGCGUCAACCCUCAGGACUUCACAAAGCCCAUUGAAGAUGUGUUGAGGGAGCUGACUGGUGGUAAUGGUGUGGACUAUUCCUUUGAAGUCAUUGGACGCACUGAUACCAUGACAGCUGCCCUGGCAUCCUGCCACAUGAAUUACGGAAUGAGCGUGAUUGUAGGAGUACCUCCAUCAGCGUCACAGAUCACCUACAAUGCGAUGCUGCUCUUCACUGGACGCACCUGGAAGGGGUCUAUUUUUGGAGGCUGGAAGAGCAAAGAUUCUGUCCCUAAACUAGUUGCAGACUACAUGGGGAAAAAAUUCAACCUGGAUGCAUUAAUAACCCACACUUUGCCUUUCGAUAAAAUCAACGAAGGAUUUGAACUACUGCGGGCAGGGAAGAGUAUCCGCACUGUCCUGGUGUUUUAGGAUCGGCAUAGGGGGUUAUCAACAGCAUUAUCGUGAAAUCAUAAAACAAAGUGUGGAAAGUCUUGGAUGAUUCUUUGCUACUACUAGCUGAGUAAAAUGGACUAAAUGAAAGCUGGAGUCAUCUGGACAGAUUUUGAUUAAUAAGGAAGAAUCUUUCUAUGCACAAAAUUUGAAAUACAAACCGUUGUUUGGAGGUCUUUUAAAUAGAGAGAGCCUUCUUUUUUUUAUAAUUGUUGUACUACCUGAUUUUAUAUGAGGAGAGAGAGAGUUUAUCCAUCUUGAAAUAAUUUGAUUUUUCCGGAGUGUCCCCCCUGGGGUGGUGUAGUAAUUUUUGUUGUCAGUUACAUAAAACACUCUGAUAACUUGUACAUAGGUCCAGAGCUUUGGAAAUUAAUUAAAAUGUGCAUUAUUACAAUAAAUGAUCACAUUAAAACUCUCA